GACUGCUACAUAUACCCAUUACAGUUCACCCUUCGACACCCAAAAAACAGGAAAGUUUGAAAUUUCAGACAUGGGAGUGGUGAUCAUCGACGGAUCAACGGUGAGAGCCUUCGUCACAGACGAGGAACAGUUCAAGAAGAGCAUGGACGAGAGUUUCGCAGCACUUGACCUCAACAAUGACGGGGUUCUAUCCAGGUCCGAGCUACGGAAGGCCUUCGAGUCCCUGCGCCUCAUCGAGACCCACUUUGGGGUCGACGUGGCCACGUCCCCGGAGCAGCUCACCCAGCUUUAUGACUCCAUAUUUGACAAGUUCGAUUGCGAUGGCAGCGGUAGCGUCGACCUGCCGGAGUUCAGAUCCGAGAUGAAGAAGAUCUUGCUUGCUAUUGCCGAUGGACUGGGGUCUUGCCCUAUCCAGAUGGCUCUCGAGGAUGAUGACCAAAGUUUUCUCAAGAAGGCUGCUGACCUUGAGGCUGCCAAGCUUGAGGCUCAAGCUUCCUGAUCGAUGCUGUAAGGUUUGUGAACUUAAUAAUAAUGUGCAGUGCAAAUGCUAUGACUAGGAGUGCUGUGCUUGUUUGUUGUAAUUCUGGCUAGUUUGAAAGAGCAGGUUUGUUCCUGCUAAAGACUGUUAGUACUUAUGUACCAUGGAUUUCGUGUCUUCCAAUGUAUAGUUUACUUAGAAUUCUUAGGGGCAAUAAGAUUAGAUGAGGUAAUUCUCCUUAAAACCCCAAGUAUAAAUCCAAGUUCUAAGUUCCAACCCA